AUGGGUUUGCUUGAUGCAUUUAUUGAAUGGCUGGGUCUUCGUAAUCGAGAGGCUAAUGUAUUAGUGGUUGGCCUUGAUAAUAGUGGUAAAACGUCACUAUUAAAUUUUUUACGUCCAUGUGAAGCUCAAACUAAUAAUAUUGUGCCAACAGUGGGUUUUAAUGUGGAACAUUUUUCAUGUCGUGGACUUUCAUUUACUGCAUUUGAUAUGAGUGGACAAAGUCGUUAUAGAACAUUAUGGGCAAAUUAUUAUCGUACAACAACUGGUAUUAUAUUUGUUAUUGAUAGUUCGGAUAGAACACGCAUUUUUGUUGCUCGUGAAGAACUCCAACAAUUACUUUCACAUCCGGAUGUAUCAAAACGCAACAUUCCUAUUUUAUUUUUUGCCAAUAAAAUGGAUAUACGCGAUGCAUUAUCAGAUAUAGGCGUUUCAUCUGCAUUAAGUCUUGAGAAUAUCACCAAUAAAUCUUGGUAUAUAUGUUCAAGUAAUGCGCUUACAGGAGAAGGUGUCGUAACUGGUAUUGAAUGGUUGAGCUCAGCAAUAAAAACUUCACACGAGCAAGGAAAAAAAUAA